CUGUAAGGGGGGUGGUCUUUCUACUCGCGUCUCGAGUCGUAAACAAGACGACGACGCUGGAUCGAGAGGCUUCUCUCUCCUCCUCCUCCCACCACCUCCACUUCGUGCGCCAGAGACGAGCGAGUGCGGAGCGAGUUGGUGGGAAGAGAUCAUCACGAGAAAUUGUACACGAGAGCACGAUUUUCGGAUUUAAAAAAUAACCUUUGACGGCCGACGUUCAAUUAUUCCGUGUUCGAGCUUCCAGCAGCAACAACAAAAUACAAGACGAGGAAGAGAAAAGAACCACACGCACACGAGAGAGAGAAAGCACACAGACAGUCGCGAGGCAUCUCGAACCUCCCUCCACACAUUGCGCGCUCCUCCUCGUCGCCUUCUUCUUCUCCGCCACGGACAUGGAGGGCGCAGUCGGAGCCGGGGGGCUCUCGGCGGCCAGGGCAUUGCUGGGCUCGCCCGGCAAGGAGGGCGCACGGCGGAAUCUGUUCGGCACCCGCGUGGACGGCGCCGCACUGCGCAUGGAACUGGACGAGUUGCUGCGCGAAUCUCUGGACGCGGCGCGCAGCCGCUGGUCGUUCGACGUCUCCUCGGAGACGCCCGUGCCGGGGGGACACUUCGAGUGGGAGGCGGCGAGGGCGCAGAGCAUCCCGGCCUUCUACCGGGCUCGAGCCGCGAGCCGCAGCCGGCGGCCGGAGCCGGCCCGGUCGACGGAGACGCGGAGUCGCCCCCCCGGGGUCGUGGAGCAGACCUCGUCGCCCGAGGACGACGGCUGCGCAGCGGGUCCCGCGCGUAAGCGGAGGCGGCAGCAGCAGCAGCGGAUAACUGAUUUCUUCACGAGCAAGAAGGUGAAGACGUCCCCUGCCAAGCGAGUGGCACAGCCCACCCAGAGGCCAGCGGCGGCUACAGCAAAGCGGCCAGCGAUGUGACUCUCACCACCUACCCACCCGACCUGCCUGGACCCCUUUACCUGCCCGACUUCCCGGUGUCCACGGCAACACACGGGGGGGUGGAGGGUGGGGCCGUAAUUAUGCACGAAACGUUGGACUUCAAUCAGAACAGCAUUUUGUUUGUUUGUUUGUUAUUAAAUUAUUAUUAUUAUUAUUUGUUCAUAAGUUCAGAAACAACAUUAAGUAAACAUACAAGGUUGUUGAUACCUGUAUUAUGAUUCUUCCCAUGCCAGGGAAUGUGUGUAAAUACCAAAGAAUGUGGGUAUUUUAUUAUAUAACACAACGGGAAAUAAUGACACUAUACAACUUAUCUGAAGGAAGCUCGCACGUGUGUGUGUGGGCUGUGGGCAGUUCUUCAUGCUUCCGGAGUCCCUGACUCUCUGCUCGCAAUCAUGAAUGGCUUUCGUGACGGUGGGCAGGCCCGGGUGAAGCUACGUGGCCACCUUGGGGUGCGACACGGAUGUCCUCUGGCUCCCACAUUAUUUUCCAUCAUAGUUCGAGAAGCUUUCCAUGGCUGUACCUGAGGAACUGAUCCUGGACCUUGCCUAGGUCGAUAAUAAGUACGUGGUGCGGUGUGUAAAAUCAUCGCCACUGGGGAGACAGUGUUCAAUUUAAAGUGUGUUUAUUACACAGCACUGAUAUACACGUUGGAGUAGAGCCAGUGAAGUUAAAACGACUGAGUUUGUGGUAAAACUAAGCCUUUUAAGCGACAAUAACAGGAUCUAUGUUUUCGCAGAGCAUACACUUUUCCCUCCGUAACUUUUAUCUGCCAAUAGCCUACGCUACAAUUAGCGCCGAGUUCCCAAUUAAAGCAGCUAUUUUAUCUGGGCAUUAUACAAUAUUAGGAUUAUUAAAAUAUAGACCUGAAUUUGGUAUAUAUUUCAAGAUGCAAAUAUAUUGACAUGAGCUAGCAUAAAACACGUAAUAACAUUAUGCCCUACAUUGUGUAGCCUAAUAUAAGUAACAAUUGCCAGACCACUGCAAGUGUAUAGUGUCCCUUGAAAGACUACCUGUCAGGAAAAUGUAUUUAGCGUUUGUGCUAUAUUUCUGUGUCUUUUACAUAUAAAUACGUUGUGCACUAUUGUAAAUUUACAGCGUUUUUGUAAUAAAGUCACAACUUGUUUUCUUUACA